AUGGAGUUGCGUGUGAAAGUUGUAACAGAAGGGAUUCUGAAGGAGCUGACCAAGAAUAAUCCCAACAAGAACGUUGUGAUGUCUCCGGCAUCCAUGAACAUUGUUCUAAACAUGGCCGCUUCCGGGUCGGCAGGCAAAACUUUGGACCAGUUUCUCGGGUCUCUUGGCUCCGAAACCAUUACUGAGUUGAGCUCCAAGUCUUCAUCUUUGAUGGGUCUCUUUGACUUGAACACUGCGGCAGACCCAGACCCAGACUACACUGAUUCAGAGUAUAGUGCUCCUCCUGAAUUGUCUUUAGUGAACCUCAUGUUUGUAGACCAGCAAUAUCCUUUGAAACCGUCUUUCCAAGAGAUAGUUCGAGACAUCUACAAAACAGAACCAAAGAGGAUUAACUUUGAUCAGCAAGAGAAAGUUAAAAAUGAAGUGAACUCAUGGGCAGAGGAGAAAAGAAAGGGCCUCAUGAAAGGGUUUCUGCCACCCACAUCAAAAUUGAAAGGACCACUCUUUUUCGCAAAUGCUCUCUACUUUAAGGCAGCAUGGUUAGAUCAAUUUGUUGCCUCAUCGACUCGGGACGAAGAUUUCCACCAUCUUGAUGGGAAAACUAUCAGAGCACCUUUCAUGACCCAAAUAGAAGAGAGCAUGAAGAUGUGUGGAUCAUUCGAGGAUUUUAAGGUUAUAAGACUCAAUUAUAAUACCGGUAGAUGUUACAGUAACAACUUCCCACGUUUCUGUAUGGAUAUCAUUCUUCCUGAAAGAAAAAAUGGACUCCAAGAUCUGCUAGAGAAGUUUAAUUCUGAUACAAAACUUCUACUCCAGGAUUUUAAGCUGGAAGAUAUGCUGGUUACUGAGAUGUGGAUUCCAAAGUGGAAGUUUUCCUAUGGUUUGGACAUGGUUAAGCUCGUGAAGAAAUUGGGAUUGACUAUGCCUUUCAAUUACCCGGAUGUUGAUUUCACUGAGGCAAUGGAUUCUCCGGAUGCUGAUGAAAUUUUUAUCUCGAAAAUGCUUCAUAAAGCAUGCAUUUCAGUUAAUGAGGAAGGGACAGAAGGAGCUUCAAUAGUUUCUUGUAAUGAAAAUUUGGGAUGUUCAAUGUAUCCCCCUCCUGAGAUACAAUUUGUUGCUGACCAUCCUUUUAUGUUCAUGAUCAAAGAAAAGGGUUCUGGGGCUGUGAUUUUCACUGGAGCUGUUCUUAAUCCCCUCUCUGAUAUUUGA